CUUGGUUGGUUUAGGUUGUGACAAACAAUAAUGUUUGUAUAAACAUUUUGAUUUUUAGCUUCAUAUUAAAUUAAAAAAACUUACGAAAAUGGCUGAAAUGUUGAAAGAAUUACGAGAAAAAUCUCGCAAAAGGAAAAUGUUGUUAGCACAAACAUUUGGUGUAUCUGGUAUUGAUGAAUUAAGAAGUGUAUUAGGAACCGGAGAGACUUCUCAUGAAAAAUCAACCAGCAAAGAAAAUGCUGGAGAAAACGAAAAAUAUGGUUAUAAAAAUAAGGACUAUACAGAUGAGUUAAUUUACAAGGAUUCUUCUCUGUUUUUAAAGGGAACACAAUCUUCAAAUCCUCACAAUGAUUACUGCCAACACUUUGUAGAUACUGGUCAGAGGCCUCAAAACUUCAUUCGUGAUGUUGGUUUAGCAGAUAGGUUUGAAGAAUAUCCCAAGCUACGAGAACUUAUCAAGUUGAAAGAUGAACUCAUUCAGGAGACUGCUACUCCCCCUAUGUAUCUUAAGUGUGACCUAAUGACUUAUGACUUAAAAACAAUUAAUAGUAAAUUUGAUGUGAUAUUAGUGGAACCACCAUUAGAGGAGUAUCAAAGGACUAUGGGUGCAACAAAUAUGCAGUUUUGGAGUUGGGACCAAGUGAUGAAUUUAGAUGUUGGUGAAGUGGCUGCCCAAAGGAGUUUUGUAUUUCUGUGGUGUGGGAGUUCAGAAGGGCUAGAUAUGGGGAGAGUUUGUUUAAGAAAAUGGGGUUUCAGGAGAUGCGAAGAUAUAUCGUGGAUCAGGACAAAUAUAAAGAAUCCUGGUCAUUCUAAAACACUAGACCCCAAGGCAGUAUUUCAAAGGACUAAAGAGCAUUGCCUUAUGGGCAUUAAGGGUACAGUAAGACGAUCCACUGAUGGUGAUUUUAUACAUGCCAAUGUAGAUAUAGACUUAAUAAUUUCGGAAGAAAAUGAAUAUGGCAGUUUGGAGAAGCCGGUUGAGAUUUUUCACAUUAUUGAACAUUUUUGUUUAGGAAGAAGAAGACUACACAUAUUUGGCAGAGAUAGUACAAUCCGUCCAGGGUGGCUUACAAUUGGUCCUGAAUUAACAAAUUCCAAUUUCAACUCAGACCUUUAUCUAAGUUAUUUCACACCUACUAGUCUUACGACCAGUUGCACUGAUAGAAUAGAAGCCUUAAGACCUAAGAGUCCUCCGGCUAAAGGCAAAGGAAAUAGUGGUGGUAGGGGUAGGAAUAAUUUUCCAAGAGGAAGAGGACGAAGUCGCUGAUGUGGAUUUUUUAAGAUUGAUAUUUUUUUAUUAAUGCAACGGUUCUUUUUUACAAAUGUCUGAUUUUAAAAUCAUAUGUGAUAUUUUAAGCUGGAAUUUCAGUUUAAUAUUUUUAAACAUGAAUUGAGAUGUCAGAUUUUAACAUAAAAUUUAAUUGACGUUGUAAUAGAAUAGGUAAUAAAAGGCAUUUGUGUAACUG